AUGCAGCCAGCAGCGGCAGAGCUGCUGCAGCAGCAGAUCCGAGGCUUACUAGAGCAGCAGCAACAACUGCAGCAACAACCUCUGCAGCCGCAGCACCUCCAGCAAGCGCAGCAACGUGGACAGGCGCUCUCGGAAGCCCCCUCUGCAGAGCAAGGAGACACCUCGGGUGUUUCCGCAAGUAUGGGAGUGGUCUCUGCAGCGCCGCCUUCCGCAACUGCAGCCGUGGCAAAAGAGGAUGCAGCAGCGGGGAGGGUGUCAUCAGAUUCUGCAGCAGCAGGGGGUACAGCGGCCAGUGUUACUCCUGCAUCACCUCCUGCUCAGGAGCCUCAGACAACAAACAGCAGCCUGUUGCCACCAGAUGAAGCUUCGGGAGAUACGCGCCCGCAACGUCAGCAGCACGAGGCGAGUGCUUCUGUUGCUGCUCUGUUGGCGUUGAGGCGGCAACAGCUGCAACAAUACCAAAUGCAGCAACUCCAGCAGCAACGCAUGCAGAGGCUUCAGCAGCAGCAGCUCCAGCUGGUGCAGCAGCAUGUAGCAGCGACCUCCACCCCAGGAUCAGGAGAUAGUGGUGUUGACGCACAAGCGCAAUCGGUCCGCAGUGUGACGACAGAAGGCGCUGCAACUGAAGCGUUCCUCUCUACUGCAGGCGGCAGGUUCGCUGAGGCGAGAGCUGCUGCUGCGGCAGUUGCCGCUGCGCCUGCAGUAUCUGCAGGGGUAGCGCAACAGUUGCAGCAGCUGCAGCAACUGAAGCAGCAGCAGCUGCAGCAGCUGAAGCAGCAGCAGCAACAGCAGCAGCAGCAGCAGCAUGUAUCUCUGCUGAGCCUUCAGCAGCACGCUGCUGUUGCAGCAGGCACGCAACAGCAGCAGCAGCAACAGCAGCAGCUCCUAAUGCAGUUAACUCCCGAGGCGUCAGCAGCAGGAGCACCUGCAACAGUAGCUGCAGCAGGAGAACACCGCAGUCUGUUACUUGACCAGCAGCAUGGCAGUCGCGCAGCUGCUCUUCUUGCCGCUUUGCAGAAGCAGACGUUGCUGCAGCAGCAGCAGCAGCAGCAGGAUGCGGCAGGCGCGCAUGCAGCCGCCUCGAGAUCAGCGGCCUUAUACCUGAACGCGUUGCUUCCUCAGCAGGGAGCAGCGAAUCGGCAGCAGCAAGAGCAGCGUGCAGCUAGGUUGCUGCAGAUGCAGCAGCAGGCAGUUGCUGCGGCGGCAGUUGCGUCCUCCUACAAGCUGCAGCAGCUGCAGCAGCUGCAGCUGCUGCAGCAGUUGCAGCAGAAGCAGCAGCAACUGCAGCAGCAGCAGCAAAUAGGCGAAGCGGCUGGAGCAGCCCCCUCCCCAGCCAUAGCCUCCUCGCCGUCUGCAAAAACGCACCCUUCUCCCGCCACAGCAGCGGCAGCUGCAGCUGCUACGUCGGCAGCAGCUCAGACGGUGCAGCAGCAGCUGCAGCAGCAGCAACUGCAGCAACAGCAGCAACAGCAGGAGCAGCAGGAGCAAGGUGCUCCUGUCGCGGCAGUGGACAACUGGGUUCAGUGCGAAGCCUGCAGGAAGUGGCGGCGUUUGCCAGCAGCCAUUGAUCCAGAUUCGCUGCCUGAGACGUGGGUAUGCUCGAUGACGCAUUGGGAUAGUAGCAUUACGAGCUGCUCUGUUCCAGAGGAGGACUACCGGGAGGAGCAGCAGCAGCAGCUGCUGUUGCUGCAGCAGCAGCAGUUCCCUUCGCGGGCUGAAACUGCAACUGCUGCUGACGACGAAGCAGACGCCGACUACAUGCCGCAGCAGCAGGAGCCGCAGCAGCAGGCAGCGGCACAGACGGCAGUGGCUGUCAACAGGAGGCGCACGAGGAGUUCUGUGCUGGUGGCUUCUUCUUCUUCUGCAGUUGGCGUUGUUAGACAGGGUGCUCGAGAAGCCGCUCCUUUUCUGCCUGCUUCAUGCAGUGGCCUCCCCUGCACGUGUUGCGUUUUGCUGGAAGGGGGGUGUGCUGCUGCUCAGCAACAGCAGCAGCUGCAGCAAUUCGCCUUUGCACAGCGGGCUGUGACGGCGGACGCUUUGCCCCUUGCUGCUGCCGACUUGGGGAACGCCUUACGCAGUCAGCAGCAUCCAUCGGCAGCGCAAGCAGCAGCAGUAGCAGCUGCAGCGGACCUGGUAGCAUCGAUACCUCCUGGUGCUACAGAGUUGGCGGUUACGCUGGUGAAGGUGCCUGUCGCUGCCAGCAGGAGUCACCCCGUCGCAGAUCGCCUCAUGGUAUCCUGUCCAGACGGGCCUUCCACGACUUGUUGGGCAGCUGAGCUCCCCCACGGGACGCUUCAGCUUCGCCUUUUGGAUCUCAUGCGAAUGAAUUCGAGUUCGCGUCGGAGUGCAGGUCCAAGCAGCGCCGUCGAGGAGGUUGUUGCCGUCGCAUGUAGCAGCAGCAGCAGUCUGUACGACCUGGACGUGCAGCAGCAGCAGCAGGCGCAGCAGGAGGGGGGUCUGAGUGGAGGCAGCAGCAGCAAGGGCCAGUCGAGGAUGCCGCCUGCCAGUGGUGUAGACACAUGUGUGUCGAUUGAUUACGCGCAUGCAGUCAGAUGGCCAGGAGUUGAGGCUCUAAGUGGUGCAGAAGAGGGCGACGAUUUGCCUUGCGAGGCGGCUUCGUGCAGCAGCAGCGAGGAUGAGAUGACGCAGGGAACAACGCAGGCAGCGGCGGCAGAUGACUGUCCAAAUCGUUGUCUUGUUGUUGCCGGAGAUCCCAACAGCCCUUCUGCUUUCCCAGUGGCUCCUGCUGCGCUGCAACCGCGCGAGCUGCAGCAAGUUGCUGCAUCGCUUACGCAGGAGCUGGAAAAGCGGUGCUCCGUCCUGCGCGGGCAGAUUCCCCACAAGGUCCUUAGGACGUACAGACGCAUGCAAAGGCAAGAUGGCGGGAUGUACACGCCGGAGCAGCAGCAACGCCUGCAGCAGCUGCUGCUCGAGGAGCAGCAAAUGCUCCUGCAGCAACAGCUGCAGCAGCAGAAGCGACUUAUGGCGGCAGCAGCGACCCCGGCACAUGUCGUCCUAGACACCCGGGAGCUAUUGGGAGCUGUCUGUCUCGCGGAUCCUGCAAUUCAGAUGCAGCAGCAGCAGCAACAACAGCAACAACAACAGCAAGCUCGCAAGUCUGCUUCCUCGGAAGAUGGAGGCCCAAGCAGCAAGCGUCUCAGGAGAGCCCCCCCUGCAGUCGCUGCUGUUAUUCCUCAAUCCGAAGCCAUGGAUGUUGUUGCCUUAGCGGACGCUGGUGCCGCUGACAAAGCGAUGGCAGGGGAGGUUGCAGAGGUGGCAACUGCUGAAGCUGCAACGCUCCUCGCGGGAGCAGAGCAGCAGCAGGCCUCGGUUGCUACAGAAGCAGCGACAGCAACAAGCAAAAGAGAGGUUGUCGAGGAGGUUUCAGAACUAGCAGAAGUGCGAGCCGCAGAAGCCUUCUCUUCUGUCGGAGCUGAAGCGAGUGGAAGCAGCGGUACUGAUGGCGAGCGAUGGGGGGUGGCCGUUGCCGCUGCUUCUGUGGAAGAAACUCCAGCAGAGUCUUCUCAGGGACAGAGCGCGGACGCUGAUACUUGUCUGGCUGCAGCGGCAGGCUCAGCUCGAGCGGGUGCAGCUGAAGCAGCGGAGGUUGGUGCAGAGCCAACUAGGGAAUUAGAAGAAGAGGCGACAAGCGUUUCGGGUGCAAAAGAUCCUGCUGCAGCGGGGGAGGCGUCAGAAUCAGCUGGAGCCAAACCAGCGACCUCCUCACCAGAGGACGCUGCACCAAGAGAAUCUGGAGGGCCGAGUGCAGCGGUCGAUUUUCAGGGUGGCACAGCAGCAGCGGAACUGGAAGGCAGAUGUGUUGUCGCGAAAGCUGAAUUAGCGGAAGCUGCUUCCGGAGCAUCGGAUGCGGCCGAACCCGAUGCAGCAGAAGCGGCAGAUCCGGAGGCAGGUGUCGUGUCGGCAGCAGAGCCUGCCUCGACGGAGUCUGCGGCAGCAGCAGCAGAGAGAAGGCUGUUGUCUGAAGCACCAGCGCCUAAGGGUGCGUUGCAGACUACCGCGUCCGCUUCCCCUGCAGGCCUACUGCCUGAAUUGGCAGCGGGGGGAUGCCAAGACGAGGAGGAGAAAAAGAGCGACAGCCUCACGACGGAGGCACCGACAGGUCGUCUCGCACUGACGGCAGCAGUCUCAGCAUCAGCAGCCGCAGUGGCUCGUGGAGAGUGGAGGCCUUUGGAAGGCAUUCUAGCAACACCCCCGCAGACGCGCUUGCAGGAGGGGGGGGCUUCAGUGGCGGCGUUCCUCGCAGCAACAGAGGAGAACUGUUGCAGUCUUCUUCGAGCGCUCCUUCGGACGCCUCAAGCCGCAGCAGCAGCAGCCGCUUGA